ACCAUUGGGUGUCUGACAACAAAAUGAGAACUAAAUCUUUUGAUAUCUAAAUAAAAAUUUUGCUGUAGAAACGAUAAGUAUAUGGAUUGUGGGCUUUUCAGAGAUUAGUGGCCACCAAAUCUUAUACGGAUGGAUAAGCACCUGGUGUUCUGGUUUUCUGUUCUGGUUAGCAGUUUUGUUGUAGUCUUUUCUGUAUUCAUGCUAUGGAGAAGAAAGACGAAGAGCCUUCCUCUUCCACCUGGACCACGUGCUUGGCCUAUCAUAGGAAACCUCUUUCUGCUUGGCAAAAAACCCAAUGAAUCACUGUUUGCCCUUUCUCAGCAAUAUGGUCCCUUGAUCACACUCUUUCUUGGCAUGAAAACAACAGUGGUGGCCUCCUCUGCUGCCAUGGCAAAGGAGGUGCUCAAAACCCAUGACAACAUCCUUGCUGGUCGGACUGUCAAACAUUCAAUGAAGAUACUCUCUUACCACAAGUCUUCAAUAAUAUGGGCUCAAAAUGAAUCCCACUGGCGAAAAUUCAGACGUAUUGCCACUACAGAGCUUUUCUCUGCCAAAAAACUCCAAGCUUCGGAACAUGUGAGAAAAGAUUCAGUUUUCCAAAUGAUUCGAUUGAUUUUCGAGGAGAACAGAGUGAAGGGAAAGAGUGUGAACUUGGGUGAUUUGAUGAUCCACACGAGUCUGAAUAUGCUUGGUAAUCUCAUGCUCAGUACAAAUGUAUUCGACCCAAAUAAUCCCGACGCUGUGGACUUCACCAACGCUAUUACUUCAUGGGUGGAGCUUGUUGAAAAGCCCGAUUUGGCUGAUUUUUUUCCAUGGCUUGGGUUUCUGGAUCUUCAGGGUGUCGGCCGUAAAAUAGGAGCCCAUUUAAAACGAGCUCAUUAUUUUUUAGAUCUGUGCAUAAGUAAUCGAAUGGCGAGGAGAAGCAGAGAUCCGAAUGAUGAAAGAGAGAAAGAGAGGGAUUUUUUAGACGUGCUGCUAGAUAUGCAAGGUCCUGAUCUCAGUCAGACAGAUAUCAGAGCAAUACUUUUUGACCUGUUAAUGGCCGGGAGUGACACCUCUGCUGCGACAGUAGGAUGGGCGAUGGGGGAACUCAUUCGCAAUCCAGAUAAAAUGAAAAAAACCCAAGUAGAAUUAGAUGAGACUGUGGGUCGGAACAGAAGAGUAGAAGAAUCUGAUAUAGAGCAUCUGCCUUAUCUCCAUGCAGUGGUGAAAGAAAUUCUUCGCCUAUAUCCAGCUGGUCCUCUCAUGAUUCCUCACAGAGCGGCCACCUCUUGUGAAAUAGAGGGAUUUGUGAUCCCCAAAGACACACAGGUUAUGGUUAAUGUGUGGGCAAUGGGAAGAGAUCCUAAUGUCUGGAAGGAGCCCUCCAAAUUUAUGCCAGAGAGAUUUUUGGAGGGUGAGGGAGCUAAAAUGGAGUUUAAGGGACAAGAUUUUGAGUUCAUACCAUUUGGAGCAGGGAGAAGAAUUUGCCUAGGGCUUCCUUUGGCUGAUAAGAUGCUUCAUUUGAUUUUGGCUUCUCUGGUUCACUCUUUCGACUGGAGUCUGCCUGAUGGAAUGAGUACGGACAAAGUGGACAUGGACUAUUUGUUUGGAGUGGUAUUGAAGAAGCGUCAAAAGUUGCAAGCAGUUCCCACACCACGCUUGCUACAUAACAUAUAUUAGUAAUUGGACAACAAGGCAAUUUGUUCUGCAUGUUAACUGGUUGCUAAGAUCUGAUACCGUUUUAGAAUUGACUACAGGAAUUUUACCAUUGAAGUCAUUUUUAUAUGGAUAUUUUUGCAUCAAUAUUUACUCUUUCAUCGUAAUGUUAAAAGGUAAAUCAAUAUAUGAAAGCCUCUUUACAGUUCUAUUCAUUUUUUGGUCAUAUUGUUGAAAACUUAAUUUUUAUAAUUCAAAAGUAAUGAUUUAUGAUUUAUGGGCGACUUUGUGCCCAUAAAAGUUGCAAGAGAAGAUGUUCAGUGGAUAAGUUUUCUUCAGUUUGACGUGCUUUGGAGAAGAUUAAUUCGAAGUGUAUGCGAGGAGAAGAUUGUGAAGCUAAAAUCUAGCAGGCUGGUUGUAAUGUGAAUUUUGAAAUGGAAGCAGGGAUGUUCUGCAUGGCUGUACCAGUUGGAUUUCACAGGGGAGAUUGUUGGGAAUGUGAAGCCCAAUGGUCACAUGACCAUUUGCAUUCUCCCAACUGUUCAUUUCAUAUCUGAAUAUGAUUAUAUACUGGCUGUGUGCAGCCCAUGUAUUAGUGUUGAUUAAUGAAGUGAUUCUGUGCUUUGAGUGUGGAUGUAGGCAAAUUUGCGGAACUAC